AUGCCGCACGCACGCACGCACGCACGCCAGUGUGAACAGCCGAGACAUUCGAGUGCCCAGCGACGAAAAGGAAGAUUGAGCAUUUGGUCGUCAAACGUGGACUCACUUGAGCCCGCAUGCGUAGUUCAGCCCAUGCCUCCCAGCCCCAGACCGCCGUUAGCAGUGGACGUUCAAGUAGGUAUUCGAACGGAAGGGGGUGUUCUAAAAGCCUGA